AUGACGAUGAUGAUAACAGAUAAUGAUGGUCAUGGUAGUGAUGAUGAUGAUGGUGAUGAUAAUGGCGAUAAUGGUAAAGCUGAUGAUGAUGAUUACGAUGACAACAAUGGUAAUAAUAAUGUUGAUAAUGAUUAUGGUGAUCACGACGAUUAUGAUGCUGCUGCUGCCGAUGUUGUUGAUGAUGACGACGAAGAAGACGACGGCAACGAUAAUGAUGGUGAUGAUAAUGAUAAUGUUGAAGGUGAUGGUAAUGAUGAUGAUAAUGAUAAUGUUGAAGGUGAUGGUAAUGAUGAUGAUGAUGAUAAUGUUGAAGGUGAUGAGUCAGUCUCCGAUGAUCGGAAGACAAAGCCUGUAAGGGAAGGGGUCUUGCUCUGA